AUGGAAACGGCUGCGAGAACUGUGAAAGAUGUCUCCCCGCAUGAUUUCGUCAAGGCUUACGCCUCUCAUCUUAAGCGCUCCGGCAAGAUGGAGCUUCCACAUUGGACUGAUAUUGUGAAGACUGGCACGCUCAAGGAGCUUGCACCCUAUGACCCUGAUUGGUACUACAUCAGAGCUGCUUCCAUGGCAAGGAAAAUUUACUUGAGGGGCGGCCUUGGUGUUGGUAGCUUUAGAAGGAUUUAUGGUGGUAGCAAGAGGAAUGGCAGUCGUCCACCCCAUUUCGGAACAAGCAGUGGUUCAGUUGCUCGCCACAUUCUUCAGCAAUUGCAGGCCAUGAACAUAGUGGACCUCGACCCUAAGGGAGGAAGGAGGAUCACAUCCAGUGGGCAGAGAGAUCUUGAUCAAGUCGCAGGAAGAGUUGCAGUAGCUCAUUAA